AUGACCGAGUUGACUGACACGCUGUUUGACAUUGCGUCAUCCUCAAAGUCCUUGACAGCUGCCUCGAUCGCAUUGUUGGUCGAUGACAAUGAGAAUUAUCCCGAGAUCCAGUAUGAUUCUGCCAUGUCCGAGCUAUUGCCUGACGACUUUGUCAUGGCUGAGGAUGAAUACACCAAGGGCAUCACUAUUGAUGAUAUCCUCGGACACCGAACUGGCAUGCCUGGACACGACGACUCCUACAUGGGCGAGCACUCAACACAGCCGGACAAUGCAAGGUCCAUCACCCGAAACCUGAGAAAUCUUGCCGCCGCUGCUCCUCUGCGCUCGAGAUACCUCUACUGCAACAUGAUGUACACCUCCGCGACGCACCUGGUAGAGGUGAAGACCAACAAACCUUUCAGCGAAUUCUUGGAAGAACGCUUCUUCCAACCUCUUGGUAUGGACUCGAGUAGCCUCCAACCCGACGGGACUAAAGCAAAGGGGUUGGGUGACAGACUAGCCAAGGGGCACAUUUGGGACAAAACAACCUCAUCGUACCGUGAAAUCGAAGCCAGGAACUGUCCCGAGGGCCAAGGCGCUGGUUCAGUCAUCUCAAGCGCCAACGACAUGAUCAAAUGGAUCAAGGCGAUUGUUAACCAGGAAGGCCCUGUUAACGAAAACGUGUACCAAGGCCUGAUCAAGGAGCGAUCUUCUCGAGAACCAAAGGGUGGGAAGCUCAAGCCUCAUACGUCUCCGACAAAGUACACCGCGGGAAUGGAAGUUUACUGGUACCGUGACCAUGCAGUAUACGGUCACAAUGGAGUCGUGUCUGGCUUUGGAAGUCGCUUUAUCUUCCUCCCAAAGUUCAAGUUUGGCGCUGUUGUUCUUGGGAACGCGGAGGGGACAAACUCUGUGGCUGCACAACUGUUUCGGGAUCUCAUAGACGAGGUCGUUGGCGUGGCGAAAGAGGAGCGUAUCCAACUUUUCACCAAGCAAUUGAUUGCGAAAAGCCAGAAAAAUGGGAAGGCGAAGAAUAGAACGCAAGAGACCCAAAGGAACGAAGGAAGAAAUAUCGCGAAAAAGCCCAACCAGAAGCAAAAAGACAACCGGAGCGAAAGCGCCCAGCCCCAGACAAGACCCCUCAGUCAAUACACGGGCUACUACUGGAACGCCGGGUACCAUGGUAUGAAGGUCGAGAUCAAGGACGACGCCUUGUUCAUAGACGCUACGGACCGCUCGAUGGGUUUUACUCUCGUCUUUGAGCAUCAGCGAGACCAGACAAAGUACAUUGCGCAUCUGUCUGAUUUCUGGGAGGGAGGCGAUGACUUGAUCCCAGCCGAGUUUGUAUUCGAUGGUGAUAGGGCCGUCAAUAUGGGAUUGGACUUGGAGCCUCUCAUUGGAGAUAAGAUUUGGUUUGAGAGAAAAGACUCGGUGGGAUAG